CAAGACGUUGGGACAUCUGUAUAUACAAAAGAACACUAAGUGUGUGCCUGUGUGUAUGAUGAUGGUGUAUGAUGCUGUUGACUCUCCAGUGGACAAGGGAUUAAUGCCACACAGCAAGGACUCUCCUUUUCCCUCAGCGGUCCAUGGAAAGAGUAGUUAAGACCUCAAGCGGUUUAACUGAGCAGGUUAUAAUCCAGAAAGAGUUUCCUCAGAAAAGCCAUAGAAAUUCCAGAGCAGAUUAACUAACAAUGCGUAGCAAAAACACUGUUUCUUUCCUGGUUCGAUUUUUUGGCUGUUGUUAAAGGGAACUUUUUAAAUAUAAUGUAACAUAUUGAAGUGAAUGGUCUGAAUGGACUCCAUGGAAUCUUGGUCUCUCUCUGAAAAAAAACUCUUGCUGUGAAGGCUGUGUUUGUUCACAGUAGGAUGCUUGCUAAAAUCUGGACUUUUCUUCAACAAAGGCAAGGCUGGUGCAUAACGGAAUCUAUAUAACAGCUUUUGUGUCUCAAGUGAAGUAUUUGAUUUAUUUUGAAGUCAAACCUUUUAGAUGUAAUUUGUCCAUAUGUUCUAUAAUGGGAACGAACAGGUAUGUUACCAUCUAUGCUUCCACUGGAUAGUCUUUUCUGAGGUAGGCUACAAGUCUCAUCAAGUGGAGAACAACAUUUUUUAAACGUGUUUUUUAAAAACUUGAGUGUUUUUACUCGCUGGCAUUUUUAGACGUGUUACAAAAGACGUUGAAGUGGAGAAUCACAUUCCUUUGCUUCAGCAACUUCUCUUCUCAAGCAAACCCACUUCUAGUUGUGUCUCACAGCCAUGGCCUUUGGUGACCUUCUAGAACAGGUGGGCAGCACGGGCCGCUUUCAGGUCCUGCAUGUCACCUUGCUCUGUAUGCCCAUCCUUAUGAUGGCCAGUCAUAAUCUGUUGCAGAACUUUGUGGCCUCAGUACCCCCACACCACUGCAGUGUCCACAGGAACCUGUCCCUGUCUAGUCUGAGCCCGGAGCAGGUUCUGCUGCUCACCGUGCCCCAGGACAUUAAGAACAGCGGGCCGGCGAGAUGCCUGCGCUAUGCCGCGCCCCAGUGGCAGCUCCUGUCAGAGAAUGGGACCUACAGUCAGAAGGUGAAGCGAGACAGUAGUAAUGAUACUGAAGGCCUUCUAGAUGCUGAGCUGCAGGGCUGUAAAGAUGGAUGGGAGUACAGCAUGACAGAGAUGAGUUCCACAAUUAUCUCUGAGUGGGACUUGGUCUGCGAUCUUCGCUCGUUGAAGCAGAUGGGACAAACCAUUUAUAUGGGAGGGGUGCUUGUGGGAGCUGUAAUCUUUGGGGGACUGUCGGACAGAUUUGGACGGCGUUUCCUGCUGCUAAUCUCCAACCUGUUGAUGGCAGUGGGAGGGACGUGUGCUGCCUUCUCCACCUCAUUCUCCGUCUUCUGCCUCUUCCGCUUCAUCACUGGCAUGGCCCUUUCUGGCCUGGGGCUCAACUCCUUCUCUCUCAUUGUGGAGUGGAUUCCCACAAGAGUGAGGACAGUGGUGGGUACAGGGACAGGCUACUGUUACACAAUGGGUCAGCUGAUCUUGGCAGUAGUGGCCUACUUCAUUCGGGACUGGCGCUGGCUAACGCUGGCUGUCUCCGUACCUUUCUACAUCACCUUCCUCUACUCAUGGUGGUUCCUGGAGUCUGCACGAUGGCUCGUCCUGAACAGAAAGUCUGAGCAAGCGGUCAAAAAUCUCAAAAGAGUGGCCCGAAUCAAUGGACGCCGUGAAGAGGGUGACAAAAUCAAUCUUGAAAUGCUGCAGGAUUCCAUGAAGAAGGAGAUGUCCUGCUCACAGGGCUCCUACUCUGUAGUAGACCUGCUCCGCACGCCCUCCAUGAGGAACAUCACCAUCUGUCUCAGUGCUGUCUGGUUCUCCACGAGCUUCGCCUACUAUGGUCUAUCUAUGGAUCUGCAGAAGUUUGGCGUGGACAUCUACUUGAUUCAAGUGAUAUUCGGAGCGGUGGACAUCCCUGCCAAAGUAGUGGUUACAGUGUCCAUGAGUAUAUUUGGGCGUCGGCCCUCACAGUGCGCUGCACUCAUAUUGUCUGGAGUCACCAUUUUGAUCAACAUAUUGGUGCCAUACGAAAAACAGACAGUGCGCACCACUCUAGCCGUGCUGGGUAAGGGGUGCCUGGCCGCGUCAUUCAACUGCUGCUACCUCUACUCUGGAGAGCUGUACCCCACCAUCAUCCGGCAGAAUGGCAUGGGCUGGGUGUCCAUGAUGGCUCGUGUAGGAGCGAUGGUGGCCCCCAUGGUGCUGCUCCUUGGGGAGGCUGUCCCGUGGCUGCCUGGCUUCAUCUAUGGGGUAGCCCCCAUCUUAAGUGGGGUGGUCGCCAUCUAUCUGCCAGAAACACUUGGUGCACCACUACCAGACACUAUCCAGGAUGUGGAUGAGAGAAGUUGCAAGAAAACAAUCCUCAAUGCCUCGCCCAAGAAGGAGGAGCUGGACAUGGUAGAUACCCAUAAUACCCUGUUCAAGGAAGCUGCCUGAAGACUCAUCAAAUGUUACUGACCUUGCCUGUAUAGUCUAAAUAGAUACUAAAGUUGCUUGCUCUACAGCUUUUCCACAAAGACUGUAAGGUAGCAAUCAAUAUUGUAACUGGUCCACUGGUGUAGGAGGAAAUUACCAUGAUUUGUUUUGGAAGACUGACGAACUAUGAGCUACGUAGAAUAAUGAAAUGAUCUGCUGUGGUACAUUGUGGUCUGUUUAACAUUUAAUAUUUCAACAGUAAAACAUGAAUUAAUGCUAGAUUGUGAGUAAAUAAAUAUAUGCUACAGUAUAUUGUGUAUUCUAACUACAACUUUAUUUGCAUCUUUCUAUGGGCCAGGCCUAUAUUUUUAUGUUCUAUACUAGUAUGCAUUCCUUAAAAUAAUGACAAAGUUAUCCUCACCUUCUAUCAGUAUAAUCAGUAUGAAUGGUCAUAGCCAUGUGGCUAUAUUGUGACUGUGGCACAAUUUCCGUUACAGUCCAUGAAACUGGUCAUCUUGACUGGGCAUGGUAUUUGUAGCUGGAAUCGGUUUGUGUAGCUUAGGCCUACAGUAUAUCAGGUAGAAAAUAAAAUGUCAGAUGUU